AUGUGUAAUUGGAAUAAUUUGUUAUUGAUUAGGAAAAUACAUUCUGGAUAUAUAAAAAGAGUAUUAGAAUCUAAAAAAGGACCAUUUCAUAAAAAAUAUCAGAAAAUAUUUGCUGAUCAGAGAGAACGGAUAAAUUAUAACUUGAAGGAUUUGAGAUAUGAAAAAGAUACACUCACUAGAGAACUUUUAAUAGCAAAAAAUGAACUUUUUGGAGUUUUUAACCUACAAGAAGCCAAACUUAUCAAAGAUUCCACAACCUCCAAUGAUGGAAAAUUGGAAAAUAGAUGUGUAAAUGAAGCUCGUAGGAUUUAUCGCAUUUUAAGGCCAGAUUCUCCUUCUUUCUUCGAAAAUGAUUUACUUGAUGAGAAUCCAGUUUUCACAUCAUCUUGUUACACUUUAGCAGUGUAUUCAUUAUUGGAAUCAUUAAUUGAAGACGUUUACUCAUUUUGUGAAUAUCUGGAAAUUCCAGAUUUACCUGAAAAAACAACCAAAUCAUUAACUAAAAUCUUUGAAAAACUUGAAAACUUUUUUAAACUUAAUAUUGAUGGUUCCAAUUCUGAUCUUUGGAUUGAUAAUGUUUGGUCUAAAUUACACAAUUUACUCAUUGAUGAUUUCAAAUCAUUUACAUCACAUGAUAUGAAAAUUUGGUUAAAAAAUCAUUUAAAUCGUGUUUCAAUUAAUUUAAAAACACUUGGACAUUAUGAUGAAUUGUAUAACUUUUCGGAACAUAUUCUUUAUGAUUCAAUUCCAAUUCCUGAACAAAUUCUUAUUGAAAAUAAAAUCGGAUUCCCAAUUGAAAAAUCUCAACAAUAUUUAUCAACACUUUUAUCAUUACAAAAAUUUAAAGUGUAUAAUAUUGAAGAGUUGAUUAAAAGUUUGGAGAGUUUGGGUCUUUCAAAAUGGUUUAAAAUGUUACCAAAUGAGAUAGAAACAAAUUUAUUUGGAACUACAGAACCAAUUGAAUUAUUAGAAAAUUUAAAAUGGACACAACAAGACAUUGAAUUAUCUUAUUUACUUAUUGAAACUAUGUCUAGAAAUUUAGAACAUUUACUCGAUAUUGAAACUUAUACUCCCAAUUCAAUAUUAUCAAAUAUUACAUUAAAUUUGAAGAAUAAUUUAUUUGUAAAGGAUGAAAAUAAAUGGUUGAGUUCUGAAAAUAUAAAAGAAAUGAUUUUGAAAGUGUAUAAUAAAUUUGAUAAAAAAGAUUUAAAAGAAUAUAUUGACACACCAUUGAAACAAAUGCUUAUUGAUGAGGAGAAUUAUACUAAUAAAGUUGGUGCAAUUGUACUUGAACCUGGUAAAGAUAAGGAUUGGAAAUGGAUUAUGCCUAGUGUUGACUGUAUUUUUGAUAAGAAUCGUAAUAUGUAUAUACGGAAUAAAAGUAAUUUGGAUCCAUUAAUCCGACUUGAAAAUCUUAAAUCUUUCAUUCUCUCCAAAAAACGAAUGAGAAGUAUGACCAAAGAAGGUCGUGUUUAUUUCAUACGUGUUAUUACAGCCAUUGGAGAUGGUAAUGGUUAUUUUGGUAUUGGUAUAGGAUAUGGUAAUGAUGUGAAUUCAGCAAAGAAUGCAGGAAUAGAGAAUGGAUUAAAGAAUAUGUAUUUUUUAGAUUAUGAUCCUUUUGAGAGUUUAACAACACCAGUUCUUGGUACUGAAUAUGGUUCAAGAUGUUUAAUUAAGAGUAGACCAAUAGGUAAAGGUGUACGUUGUAAUAGGAAGUUUUUACCUCUUUUAUAUCUUAUUGGACUUGAUAAUGUGAGGUUCAAGUUAAAAGGAACCAGUUCCUGGAUUACUAGAAUAAGAUCAAUUAGAAAAGCUCUAGAAUCAAUUAUGUCCAGAAAAACCAUAUGUAACAUGUUAGGAAGGAGAUAUUUUGAAGUUGGUUCACCUGGUGAUCAUACUAUUCAUUGGCCUGAUGAAUGGUUUAAUCCAUUACUUAAAGAAUAUUUGAAUAGAAUUAAUAAACUUAAAGCUAUGAGAUUUAAGUUUAGUAAAAGAAAUCGUAUCAAAUUUAAUCUUCUGUUACCAACAGAUAUUAAAAAUAUUAUACCAAAUUAUAAUAAAUCCAUACUCAAAUCACAAAUUAUUAAUAUUAACAAACCUUAA